AUGGAGGAAACCGCACUCCCCGACCGCAAGCAGCGAAAAUCGGUCGCCUUCUCCAGCGAGGAAGUUGUUGUUGACGCCGACGGCUCCGUCACCAUGGUCAACUCUCCCGAUGAAACCAAGGACUCGGCUCAGUCGCACACGCCUCCCGCCGCUGUCGAUGAUGCCGCCCCCGCAGGCGACGAUGCCCCCGCCGCCGAUGGUGGCCUGGACCUUACCAUGAAGAAGAAGAAGAAGAAGAAGGUCGUCAAGGAGGACGACGAGGCCGGCGACGCCGCUACUGAGGACGGUGGACUCGACCUGUCCAUGAAGAAGAAGAAGAAGAAGAAGGUGCCCAAGGAGGGCGAGGAGGACGACUUUGCCGCCAAGCUCAAGGCUCUCGAGCUCAAGGAUGAAGCCGAGACCGAGGCCGCACCCGAGGAGGCCGCCGACGAGGGCGACAUGGAGACCGGCACUGGCAUCUGGCAGCACGACGAGAACAAGCCCCUGAGCUACACCCUGCUCCUCGACAGGUUCUUCCACCAGCUGUCGCAGAAGAACCCCGACCACGCUCUGAGCGGCACCAAGAGCUACAAGAUCCCGCCCCCCCAGUGCGUGCGUGAAGGCAACAAGAAGACCAUCUUCGCCAACAUUGCCGAGAUUGCGAAGCGCAUGAAGAGGACGGACGAGCACGUGACCCAGUACCUCUUCUCCGAACUGGGUACCAGCGGUUCCGUCGACGGUAGCCGACGCCUUGUCAUCAAGGGUCGCUUCCAGCAGAAGCAGAUCGAGAACGUUCUGCGAAAGUACAUCAUCGAGUACGUCACCUGCAAGACAUGCAAGUCGCCUAACACGGAGCUCAACAAGGGUGAGAACCGUCUCUACUUCGUCAACUGCAACAACUGCGGGUCCCGGAGAACUGUCACGGCCAUCAAGACGGGUUUCUCAGCCCAGAUCGGCAAGAGAAAGAAGAUGCAGGGUUAA